AUCCGAGAUGCGUGUGCUUGCGUAGAAGUGGUAAUGGAGGAUGAUCUAUUUACAGGGGGCUUAGUUAGCAAGCUGUCUUCUUUCUCUUAUGUGCACAACUGCUGUUUCUAUUGAUUACAACGCAAAGGAACAACGUCGUGAAUCAAUCCCGAGGAGGUGGAACUGCCAUUGAGUUUUGGGAUGGCGUCAGACGUAGUUUCCCAAACCCAUGGUUCCAAGGGGAUCAUGACUUUUUACCCCACUGUUGAGGAGUUCAAGAACUUCAGCCGCUACAUUGCAUAUGUUGAAUCCCAGGGAGCACAUAAAGCAGGCCUGGCUAAAAUUGUGCCACCAAAGGAAUGGAAGCCGCGAAGCUCUUAUGACGAUAUAGACGACUUGGUGAUCCCUGCACCCAUUCAGCAGGUGGUGACAGGCCAGUCGGGCCUUUUCACACAAUACAACAUUCAGAAGAAGUCCAUGACCGUGAGAGAGUUUCGCAAAAUGGCCAACAGUGACAAGUUCUGUAGUCCACAUUAUGAUGACUUUGAGGAGCUGGAAAGGAAGUACUGGAAGAAUGUGACAUUUAACCCUCCCAUAUAUGGGGCAGAUGUUAAUGGAUCGCUAUAUGGCCCUGAAGUCAAAGAGUGGAACAUUCGCCGACUGAACACCAUUUUGGAUACUGUUGAAUCUGAAAGCGGCAUCACUAUUGAGGGUGUUAAUACACCCUACUUGUAUUUUGGCAUGUGGAAGACCACUUUUGCAUGGCAUACUGAGGACAUGGACCUCUACAGUAUCAACUAUUUGCACUUUGGAGAGCCCAAAUCGUGGUACUGUGUUCCUCCAGAGCAUGGGAAAAGAUUGGAGCGUUUAGCUAAAGGGUUUUUUCCUGGUAGUUCCCAAAAUUGUGAGGCCUUUUUGAGGCACAAGAUGACUCUCAUAUCUCCCUCUAUACUGAAGAAGUAUGGCAUUCCGUUUGAUAAGAUUACUCAGGAGGCUGGUGAGUUCAUGGUAACUUUCCCGUAUGCAUAUCAUGCUGGUUUCAACCAUGGUUUCAACUGUGCAGAAUCCACCAACUUUGCAACAGAGAGAUGGAUUGAGUACGGCAAGCAAGCAGUUUUGUGCUCAUGCCGUAAAGACAUGGUGAAGAUUUCCAUGGAUGUAUUUGUUAAAAAAUACCAGCCAGAUCGUUAUGAACAGUGGCUGGCAGGACGAGAUGUGUCACCCAUUGACCACACGCGGCCCACCCCAGAGGCGAGGGAGUUCCUGGGGGAGUCCUUUAAUGACAUCACCAGCAACAGUAACAGUAACUCCGUGGAGAGCUGUGAGGAGGAUGGAGAGCGGAAGAGCACUACACAGAGGAUAGAGACCAAGAGACACCGAGUGUGCCUGGAGGUGCCUAAGGAGGUUGUUCCCAAAGAUGAAGAUGUGGAGCAGUAUGGGAAGCGUCCCCGGCUCAGCCUUAUACCUCCACGCGCCAUUUUACAAGAGGGCAAAAGAAAUAAAGGCCCACCGAAGUUGGUUGUCACACCAACCAAGCUCACUUUAUUGGAUCCAUUUCAUAGGGGCUUGACCCAAAGUGUCAGUGAUGUAGGACGCCCCCCACAUUAUACUAAGACUCGCGCCCCUGCUAUCUCGUCUCAGUCCCUGCCCAGAAACGGACAUCUAUCAGUUUCCGCUGCACCUUCGUGGACGGAAAUCAAGGCUCAGCCUGUCCGCAAAAUGGGGGUAGCCAGCCUGCUCUUCCACAGGACUCUGAGCCCAAAAGACACUCUUCAAGUGCACAGCUAUACGCUAGAAAGGCAGCAGCAGCCUCGCACACAGCUGCAGGUGCACAGCUAUGCCAGAGAGCAUCAACCCCGUCAUCUCCAGCACAAAACCUGUACACCGUCACACACACAGGCUCAGUCCUCGCCUCAGGCCCCAAGCUGUGAAAGGACGGAGCCACAGCCACAAUCCAAGAUUCUUCUUACCAAAGCACUACCGAUUAAGUCCGAAGCACCGAGUCUUGUGGAGCAGGACCAAAAGAUGGACAAACCUAAAAUGUCUAUGCCUGUUGAGGCUCAGGCAGAAGUGCAGAAGCCUGAAGUUAAGCCCACCAGCACGUCUGCUUCCUCUCAGACUCAAACACAACUCAAAGAGCUGUCCAAAACCCAGAUGGAGGCCCCCAAGAACAACAAGCGAAAGAGUAAGCCAUCCCCCCUUUUGGAUAGUGGCAUCAUCAUCCUGAAUGACACCGUUCCUGCUGCGAAACCGAUCCAUAAUGAGGUGAAAGUGAUCGCUCAGAAUCAUCACCAGGUGUCAGAAGAGCAGUCGUACUGCAAGUCAGUCGUAAAGAAGCAACAGAAGCAGGCACAGCUCUGUACGCUGCCCCGUCAUCACCCUCUAAUCAGAGAGGUGCACAGUGACGAUGAUGUGAACGUAUAUGUGGAGUUUGAGCAAGAGGAGAAAGAGGAGUGGGCGAAGCCACUGACCCAGCUGUGGCAGUGUCGGCCACAUGACCCUCAGGCAGAGAGGAAGUACAACAAGAGCAUGGGCCAGCAGGCCCCCUACUGCUCCAUCUGCCUGCUCUUCCACACUUACCAUCAGUCUGAGUCCAGUAGCGGGAGUUCCAGCGUCACGUUGUUGAACCGUAAAGGGGACCGCCAGUGGUCCAAGCCACUCAUCCCUGAAGUCUGUUUCAACACCCAGUCCAGCAAGACGAAUGAUAACGGGGAGGGGCAGCUGUCCAACCCUCACGUAGCAGAGGACGGGACCAGCCAGCUGGUCAGCUGUGCUCAGUGCUGCGUCCGCGUACAUACCAGUUGCUAUGGGGUGUCAGCGGAUGAAGCAGAGCUACACGACUGGCUGUGUGCCCGCUGUGAGGCUAAUGCCGUCACCGAGGACUGCUGUCUGUGUUCCUUGAGAGGCGGCGCUCUGCAGAGAGCCAACAAUGACAAGUGGGUUCAUGUGCUGUGUGCCAUCACUGUGCUGGAAGCUCGCGUCAAUAACGCGGACGCCCCCGUUGACCUCUCUGCAAUCCCUCGCCGCUUCAGACUGAAGUGUGCGUACUGCAGGAAACGGAUGAAGAGGGAGGUGAAUGGCUGCUGUGUCCAGUGCUCCCACGGGCGCUGCUCAACGGCAUUCCACCCCACCUGCGCUCAGGCAGCUGGUAUCCUCAUGCACCCGGAUGACUGGCCGUUCAUAGUCUUCAUCACCUGCCACAGACACAGAGCGCCCCUCUUACCUGAGCGCAACGCGGCUUCCAUGCGCGAGCUGGCAGUCGGGCAGAGGGUGAUCUCGAAACACAAAAACGCCCGCUACUACCAAUGCGACGUGGUGGAGCUGACCACGGCAACCUUCUACGAAGUAGUGUUCGACGACGGCUCCUACAGCGACAACCUCUUCCCAGAGGACAUCGAGAACCGCGACUGCGUCCGGCUCGGUCCACCCGCCGAAGGUGAUGCAGUUCAAGUGCGAUGGACAGACGGGUUGAUAUAUGGAGCCAAGUUUAAGGCAUCGCACUCAAUUCUUAUGUACCUGGUGGAGUUUGAGGACGGAUCACAAAUCAGUGUCAAGCGAGACGACAUCUACACUCUGGAUGAGAAUCUGCCCAAACGAGUCAAGUCACGAAUGUCGGUGGCGUCAGACAUGCGCUUCGAGCUCUUCUCGCAGAACGACGUCAAACAGAACUCCAAAAGGCAACGAGUCAUCAACUCCCGAUACAGAGAGGACUACAUCGAGCCCAUCAUUUACCGAGCCAUCAUGGAGUGACGUCCCUUUUUCAUUUCUCUCUCCUCCUGCUUUCCACCUCUCCUCUCCAAACCCUCCAAAUCGUCAACCUGCGGCGGAGAUAAGCAGCUCCAGAUCUUUGUGUCUGUACUGCUGAUAGGAACGACCAGCUAGGAACGACCAGCUUCCUCCUCAUUUCUUCUUCUUCUUCUUCUUCUUCUUCUUCUUCCACGGCCUGUCAGGCUACAUAUUUAUGAAAUACGGCUGGGACUUAAAAUGACUUUUGUGUGCGUUGAAUAAUGUUCUUUGACCUCCGUUAACCAUCACGCUCUGUAGAUUGUGUUUUCUUCCUUCAUUUCCUUAUUUGAUUUUGUUUCUCAGGAAGAAGCCAUCAGUGAAUUAUUAAAUAUGGAAAAGGUUGGACUAUCUUUAACAUUUUUUUUUUUUUUUUUUUUUCUACCGCCACAUUUAGCAGCUGUCAAGCAAACUUUGCAUGUCAUACAUUGGACUUUUAGUGACAUUUCUUCUAUAACUUACCUUUUGCUCAUACAGAUGUUAUUUUCAUAAUUUAUGAAAUUUUUGCAGUGAAGACAAAUUGUGCUUGGGAAUAAGGUUUUUAAAGGAAGCAUUAACUUGGAUCAGCUUUUCACUCAUAAGGUUUAACGAAGGCAGAACUGGAAACUCUUAGCCAAUCAGCUGUUGACUACAAAAACGAUUUGAUUAAUCAAGAACUGUGUUAAGUUGUAACCCCAAAGAAAUUAAAUAAUAAUAUUAGGUAACCUUUUGACAAAUCUUCAGAUUGUACCUAUCACUCCCUCUGCACCAUAAGUAUUUCUUCCCAUAGGUGUGUCUACUGUGAAGAAUGAAGGAAACUAGACCUGUUUUCAAGGCCCAAGCCUUACAUUUUAAAGGGCCAAGCAUACUUUGGUUUUUCCAAACGCUUAAGGUUUAUCAUAACAAUUGUAAGUAAUGUUAUUAAUACACUUUAUUUAUGCAGUGAAUGAGUUAUGAGUGCAUUGAGUUUGAAAAGAAAGCUAUUUUUGUCACGUCCUUUUCACAAUCUGUAGAAAACCUAAGAUGUAUUUUAUAUUUAUUAUAUUGAUUGGUUUUCAGACAUCCUGUUUUAAAUUUAGAGAUAUCGGGAUUGAGGGUGUGAAUGCCAAUCUGGCUCAGCUCCCUCCUUAGCAAAAAAGCACUUUUCUUUUUUUUUUUUUACCUCCUGCCACAGGACAUUUACCAUUUUUGUCAAAACAUUGGCCUCCACUAAGAUUAGUUUUUUUUGAUGAAAGCUAGCUCUAGAGGCGAUCGUUGUAACCAGGUUCUAGUUUGGUCCCAAAUAAACGAAAAAGCGCUAAGAGGAUCAUUUUCAGACUCUGGCAAGUUUUAUUUUUUUUAUUUCUUCAUGUUGAGUCAUUUGUUUCUGCUUUUAAUGCAGAGAAACGGUUUCUGAGUUCUCAGAAGGACCUAGGCAAGUUUUUUUUGUUUUGUUUAUUUAACUCAUUAAACUCGUUUCAACUGUU